GUCAAGUCGAAAGCUGGGAAAAUGCGGCCAUCCCGCAACCAAGACCGAUGACAUCGCCCGGAGAUCGGACGUCGUCAUAGGCGUUUUUUCUCGUCCAGUUCCCCCGUUUCCCCCAUUUCCCACUCCAAUCUCAUCCCCUCCCUCCAUCUGCUACCCUGACCAGAAUCUUGUGAACUCUGACCUCAUCCGUGUUUCCAGUUUCCUUUUCCACAUCUUCUUUCCUUCCCUCCCCCCCUUUUUUUCCCCUUGAACCUCCGUCCUUUCCUUCCCUUCAGUCCUAUCUCCUAACAUCUCCUAACCUUAUCUGUGGCGGGGCACAACUUGAUUUCCUUUCUCCGCUGACUGCCUAACCACCCCACGUCCGACGCCCUGCCAAUUUUUUCCCUCUUUUCCCUCUUGACAUUCACCGGUCCACAACUCAUAGAUUCCUUCCUCGUUCGCCUUGAGCCUUCCCACAAUGAGCACGAUACAGAAUAUUAAGAAUUUCAUCCGACAUGGAAAGCAAGCUCGCCUCGUAACACCCCAUUCCGAACCCACUACCGACGUGUCCACCGUCCACGCCGAACAACAGCCACAACCACAAGGCCAAUUCUCUCCGGCUCUUGGAGCUUUCGACAAGGGCGACGCGCGAGGUAAUGGUCAAGCCACUCAGCAGAAAACCGACGCUCAGGUGAAGCACGAUCGGUCCGCGGACAUCGAACGCCUCGUUCAGGAAGAGAGAACAAGCCGCUCGAAGAUGCCUCAAUAUCCCGGCCUCGACCGCUGGCUUCUGGUGGAGAAAAUGGGCGAUGGCGCGUUCAGUAAUGUCUACCGCGCAAAGGAUACCACCGGAGAAUUGGACGAGGUGGCUAUCAAGGUCGUGCGCAAAUUCGAAAUGAACAGCAAUCAGUCAGAAGACCACCUUCAUCCCAGCGUCAAAAAGGUCCCACGGGCUGCGGAGCGAGCGAAUAUCCUCAAGGAAGUCCAAAUUAUGCGCAAUCUUGACCACCCCAAUAUUGUCAAGUUGGUUGACUUUUCCGAAUCUCGGCAAUAUUACUACAUCAUUCUCGAGCUCUGCCCUGGCGGAGAGUUGUUCCACCAAAUCGUGCGAUUGACAUACUUUAGCGAAGAUUUGAGCCGAAACGUGAUUCUCCAAGUGGCCAAGGCCAUUGAAUACUUGCAUGAAACAUCCGGCGUUGUUCAUCGUGAUAUCAAGCCAGAGAACCUGCUCUUUUACCCCACCCCCUUCAUUCCAAGCAAACAUCCGAAGCCCAAGCAGCCGGGCGAUGAAGACAAAGAGGAUGAAGGAGAGUUCAUCCCGGGUGUCGGAUCUGGUGGUAUCGGUACGAUCAAAAUUGCCGAUUUUGGUCUGUCCAAGGUGAUCUGGGAUAGUCAGACCAUGACCCCCUGCGGAACCGUCGGUUACACAGCACCGGAGAUUGUGAAGGAUGAGCGAUACUCCAAGAGUGUAGAUAUGUGGGCCAUGGGCUGUGUUCUCUACACUUUACUGUGUGGAUUCCCUCCAUUCUACGACGAGAGCAUUCAAGUCCUUACGGAGAAGGUGGCUCGGGGCCAAUACACCUUCCUCUCACCCUGGUGGGACGAUAUCUCCAAAUCGGCUCAAGACUUGAUCUCGCAUCUCUUGACUGUCGAUCCGGAGAAGCGCUACACCAUCAAGGAAUUCCUCGCACACCCAUGGAUCCGUCAAACUGAUGAGGAAACCACCGCGGCCGCCGACGCACCGCCCCUGGCCACACCAUUUGGCCAGGUUCGCCAAGAUGGCUCUCUCCAACUCGACCCCGCCAGCGCUGACCAAGCUCCAUAUCAGCCUGCCAGUGCCCGGUUCCUGGAUGCGCCAUCCGUAGCCUCAGAGCGCCGGAUGGACUUCCGCUCGCCGGGAGCCUUCAACUUGCGCGAAGUUUUCGAUGUCGGUUACGCAGUCCACAGACAGGAAGAGGAAGGCAAGCGCCGACGGAACCGUCAGCAGGCUGCCCGAAGUGGCCACCCGCUGGCCGGCUUCCAAAACGCGCUGGGAUCUCUCAACGAAGACUACGACGACGAACCCGAAUAUCGCCCCCGCGGAGAAGAAAACACCGAACAGCCUCCCCUCAAGGUUGCUAAGUCCAAUACCCAGGCUGGUGACGUUGCUGGAAUGGAAGCAAAGCUGCGUUCCACGAAUCUCGGUGCCCAGAGCAGCGCAGCUCAGGCCCGACAGGCUCAUCGCCAACCCAAGCAACAGGGCUACGGACAGCACGAUGCCAAAGUGGCCGCAGCGGCCAGAAGUGCCAUCGGCCGAAAGCCGCAUGAACCAUUCGAGCUCAGUCUGGAUGGUGCGACUCUGCUAGAGAAGCGUGGGCGUCGCAACCACGAACAACCGGUAGCUUAGACUCGGGUUUGCACACGAACAAAAGACUCGAUUUUACCUUCUUCUUCUUCUUCUUCUUCUUCUUCUUCUUCUUCUUCUUCUUCUUCUUCUUCUUCUUCUUCUUCUCCUCCUCCUCCUCCUUCUUCUCUGGUGAUCUCUUUCUCAGCUACGUGCAUUGAUGAUUGACAUGAGGCAUGGAUACUCACCUUCGACAUCUCCAUCUCUACCCUCUUUAUUUUACCAAACUCCGCUUCGACUCAUCAUGAUCAACACGUCUUACCUUUAUCCUCCUAUCAUCCACCUUCAUCUCCGUCCUUCUUCUAUCUGUUUCCAACUGUCAUUGGAAUUUCCCAGUGGAGGAGAGCAUACAUAUUUCAAGAUUUUUUGACUGCGAGCGAUAGAAGAUGGGUACGACCGAUCUUAUGAUGCCCUUUGCUCUUUAUCUUCCGUUCCUUUCUCAUUCGUGUUUACUGCGUCGCUCGCAGAGCUGCUGGCUUGACUUGGGAUGGAGUUUGUCAUUGUUUUCACAGGGAUCUCAUGCUUGGCUUUGGUUUCUUUCUUGUGUUGUGUCUAUGUAUGGGUUGCUGUCUAUUUUGAUCCUUUUUAUCUCUUUUUGUGAUGUCAUUGGAGAUCCCCCGAAUUGCAUAUCUGGCUACUCCCAUGUUGUCCGUAUGGGAACUGGGUCGAUUUUUUUGAUUCCUCCUCCUUGCACUAUGUGGUGUUGGGUUUUUGAUUCUGUAUGACAGUCUUCUCGUAGAUCAUUUGGUAGAGUUGGUUUUUGGUAUCUCGCGUUGCAUUUAAUGGCUCUUGCUUUUUUGGCCUUGCUCCUAUAAUGGAACUAGCAAUGAACUCUCCAUCAAUAGUGAUUGUGAAAUUAAAUACAGACCUCGUCGUUCUGAUUUAC